AUGGAUCGAAGGUCUAUCGGCACUGAUCAGAUACAAUAUACUCGAUUAGUAAUAGAUCUCGAAAAUGCUUUUAGAUCGCGGGCUAUUAAAGACCAACUUCGUGCCAUAUUGAGGGUUCCUCGCUUGUUAGACGAGCAACCGUUUCCAGAAUUUGUUAGCAGCGCUUUUGUCAGACUUGCCGAAUUUUUCGCAAAGCUGGACGAUAGAUCAUUCCAGCGUAGAAUGUUUGCUAGUUCGCAGACUGAAACAAAAGAUUUACAGAAAGCUGGCUAUCAGUGGGAACAGUUAAUCUUUAAUUACAAUGUCACUCGUUAUUUCAUUUACAAAGUGUUCAAACAAAGCGACAAGCAUCUUGUAAAGAAUAUUAAUGUCGAUAAAAUAGUUAUGACAAUAUUCAUUAUACUCGGAAAUCAAAGCAAUGACCCCAUUGCGCGUUCUUUGACGCUCAGAACGCUUGGUUGCCUUUCUCCUUUAUUGACGGAACGUCUCAAUGUGCAACAUGGCAUAAUACAACGAUUGGAUUCACACGUGUUAAUCGAGGCGAACGCAGCUAUAUAUGCGGCAGAUAAUAUUUGCUCCAGAUCAGAGACGUUCUCAACGAUACUGUGUGAGAAACUAGCUAACAUGGUUAGAGCGGAUCACGUAUCUCCCACUAUAAAAUUGAAACUCAUUCGAGUAUUCAGACACAUGCAUUGGAAUCUUGAUCUUGCUCAUAAGACGCGUGCGAUAUGUAUCGAUCUGCUGGAAGACUACAUGUCAGAGGACUUCGUUUUGACAAUCCUACAAACAUUGACGUGCUUAUCUAGCAAAGCACUUAUUAACGUUACUUCACAGGUCGAAUUAUUGUUCGAGUAUGUACUCAAUGAUUCGAGAGAAAAAGUUAUAUCAAGAGGGCUUACAGAUCUAACCAUGCUGGCUCGUAAAGAUGUGACAUUUCAUACGACACAUGCAUUAAAACUGCUGGAUAUAAUCAAUACCACGGUUGAAUCAACUAUCAGGGUUAAAGCCUUACAAGUUUUAACAAUUCUGUUUCAACGAAUGCCAUUGUUAUCUCGCAUCAUGUCGACUAUUUUUUCCGAGACACGAAGACAAGCAUUAAAACACUUUAACAAAUGUGCGAAACUCCUCACUGAAUCUGAGCAUGAAGUGGCUCUUGCUGUAUUGAGGAUGUUUGUAGUUGUGGUUACUGAGGUUGAUCGAAUAAAGUCGAUUUCUGGCUCGUCUAUCUCUCCUGAAUGGGAUGCGUAUUUUGAGAAUUUGGAUUUACAUUUGGCCAAGGAGAUAUUGACUGUAAUAUUGAAUUUAAUGGAUUAUAAUAUUAUGGACAAGGAUAAACAUGCAAAGGCUACACAAUAUCUUCGAUGUCUUCUAUCCGUAUGCUCACUUAGAGCCAGAAUAGUUGAUAGCAUAGAAAGAGAUUUAUUGAAUCUUAUAAAAGUUGAUGGUGAAUGUGCUAACAUAUUGGCGAAGUUUCUUCUCAUUCUUUCGGAAGAUGGCAUUUUAAAUUCGCAAUUAUUACCAGAAUUAUUGACGUUAUUGGAAUCAGAUGAAUUCAUAGAGAAGCCGCACUUGUUUGCGACACUUAUGCGCACAGUAUUAAGAUCGGCAUCGAAUGUUACGAUGUUGAAAAAUGAACGAGCGGCUAUAGUAAACGAUGUCAAAGUGAUCUUGGACAAGUUUGGUUCCUGGUCAGGUUGGAAUUAUCACCGGAAUCAAUGGUAUCUGUAUACUAUUGGCAGAGAGGCUGGAAGAAGGGGGUAUCACGAAAUUAUGAAGAUUGUGAUGAAAUCUCUCAGUUCUCAGGUUGAAUCAGAACGUUCUCGGUUCUGGUUGGAAGCUCUAGCGAGCGUAGCAGAAGCAGAAACAAAUAUAUUAGUUACCAUUAACGGAGAAACGUUGGAUCUGGGUUGUUUGUCUCAUGCAGUCAACUUGUAUACCGGGGCGAUGGCUGCAAGUGCGAAAACCUUUCACAAUAGGCGAUUUCAGGAAUGGUUUGUCCAAUUGCGGUCGGAGUUUGUUCAAAUUAUACAAAGAACCCUACUGCUUUUAAACCAUCCCUCAUUUCCGGCCUGGUCGCAACAGAGUAGAACUCAUAUGGACGUGAUCGCGCCAGUCAGAGAAGCUAUCCGAGACAUAAUACAAAUUCCAUUAACGUUGCCGCCUUUCUUUUUCUCAAGUUAUAACCAUACCCAUAUACAGUGGACUACUGCACCCGAGUGGAAGAUUGGCAUCAACAACUUCUCCAUGUAUGAACCAAAAAGAGUCUCAAAUAACGAAAAAUUGAUUUUACGAAUAGACGGCAUAAUACAUCCUGGACAGUAUCCCACUCAAAGGUCCAUCAAGCAAGUCCAAGUCACUGUAUUUGGAUCACGCAUGAAUUAUGAACAUUUAUUCAUUAAGACAUCACUUGAAACCGCGAUGAAAUUCUCAUCGGCUGCAGCAAAACAUGCUAUGAUAAAUAUUAAUAAUGAGCGGCAACUAGAAGUCUGUCAGCCCACCAUUUGCACUGUACCCAACAACAAUAAUUUCUUCACGUGCACGGCCUUAAUUACAUUCUUACGUGGUAAAAUGGUCAGCGAUGAGAUGGGUUUUCUAAAUGUCCAUACAGUCGUCAUUGACGAUAACAACGUUCCAUGGCAUAUUGGCCCAGAUUUAUCACUUCCGAUCAAGCUUUACUUUUGA